AUGGUGCUCUCUACUAAGCUCGCUGCUCUUGUGGCUUCGCUCCCCUUCGUUCUUGCUGCGACGAAGAAACUCGACUUCCACAUUCGAAACGACGUUGUCUCACCAGACGGCUUCGAGCGCAGGGCGAUUACAGUCAAUGGCAUCUUCCCUGGGACGCCCGUUAUACUGCAGAAGAACGACAAGGUCCAGAUCAAUACUAUCAAUGAACUGACGGACCCUGGCAUGCGUCGCAGUACCUCCAUCCAUUGGCACGGUUUAUUCCAACAUAAAACCUCCGGCAUGGACGGGCCUUCUUUCGUUAACCAGUGCCCGAUUCCCCCCAACUCUACUUUCCUUUACGACUUCGAUACCGCAGGGCAGACCGGAAACUACUGGUAUCACUCCCACUUGUCUACGCAAUAUUGCGACGGUCUUCGUGGUUCUUUCAUCGUUUAUGAUCCCAACGAUCCUCUGAAGCACCUGUACGAUGUUGAUGAUGAGAGCACCAUCAUCACCUUAGCAGAUUGGUAUCAUGACCUUGCUCCCCACGCUCAAAACCAGUUCUUCCAAACUGGUUCGGUCCCGAUUCCCGACACUGGUUUGAUCAACGGUGUUGGACGAUUCAAGGGCGGCCCUCUUGUCCCUUACGCCGUCAUCAACGUUGAGCAGGGCAAGCGCUACAGAAGAUUCCGCCUCAUCCAGAUUUCAUGUCGUCCCUUCUUCACCUUCUCUAUUGACAACCACACAUUCGAUGCAAUUGAAUUCGACGGCAUAGAGCACGACCCAACACCCGCCCAGAACAUUGAUAUCUAUGCUGCUCAACGUGCGUCGAUCAUCGUCCACGCCAACCAGACCAUCGACAACUACUGGAUCCGGGCGCCACUCACAGGGGGAAACCCCGCAGGUAACCCUAACCUGGACAUAUCGUUGAUCAGGGCCAUCCUUCGUUACAAGGGUGCUCCCGCUGUCGAGCCCACCACAGUUGCGACUACUGGAGGCCACAAGCUCAAUGAUGCCGAUAUGCACCCAAUUGCUCAGGAAGGUCCCGGAAACUUGGGCACCGGUCCCCCAGACAUGGCCAUCACCUUGAACAUCGCCCAGCCGAACCCCCCAUUCUUCGAUAUCAACGGCAUUUCGUAUCUCUCUCCUUCGGUUCCAGUGUUGCUCCAGAUGCUUAGCGGUGCUCGCAAACCACAAGACUUCCUUCCAUCGGAACAAGUCAUCAUCUUGCCCGCCAACAAGCUUAUUGAAGUCUCUAUUCCCGGUGCCGGCGCGCAUCCUUUCCAUUUGCACGGUCAUACCUUCGACAUUGUGCGCACUUCGAAUAGCGACGUCGUGAACCUUGUCAACCCACCGCGUCGCGACGUAUUGCCUAUCAACGGUGGAAACACAACAUUCCGUUUCUUCUCUGGCAACUCCGGUGCAUGGUUCCUCCAUUGCCAUAUCGACUGGCAUCUUGAAGCUGGCCUCGCUGUUGUCUUCGCGGAACGACCUGCUGAAGUGAACGAGGGCGAACAGGCUCAGAUCGUCACCCAAGACUGGAGGACGCUUUGCCCAGCUUAUGAUGGCCUCGCUCCCGAGUUCCAGUAA